AGGUUGUGUGACAUUGGCAGAGCAAUAAGAUACUUCACAUUCACCACACUGACUUUAUACGAGACGCAGACGAGCGGUGUGAAGUGGGAGGAUCGCUGCUGCUGCUGCUGCUGGCUGAGAUGCGCCCCGGCUUCUGGUUUUACGCGGAGAGGUGCGCGGUGCGCGGCUGUGUUUCCUGACGUCCGUGUCGACCCCACACGCCAGUCCCGUCACAUGUGAGCUCCGUGGGUCAGAGCGUGAAAUUCAGCGUGUCACAAAAAAAAGUCUGAAAGUGCUGAAAUUCACGUCCUUCCAGAAGUUGAGACCUGCUUCCAGUGACAUCGGUGCUUUUCUCAUGAUGUACACAAUUACGAGAGGUCCCAGUAAACUGGUCACCCAGCGACGCACAGGUCCUUCACAGCAGCUGGACAACAAAAUCAACGAUUUCAAGCACAAGCAGACGUCCUGGAGUCUGCCGGAACUUCCAUCGCCCAAGAUUGUUUUCACCCGUCCCAAUGGUAAAAAGUACCAUCGCCCUGCUCCGGCUGUCCCCGCAGACGACCCGCAGGAAGAGACUUUCACCGCCGCACAUGAGGAAAACGUGAAGUUUGUCCAAGACGCCUGGCAGGAGGCGGUGCAGCAGGAGCAGAGGUCAGAGGAAGACCACACAGUCGUCCACUUCAAAGAAACUGUCCCCAGUCCACACAUGGACAACUUUGUGCCCAUUGACCUGGAUGAAUGGUGGGCCCAGCGCUUCCUCGCCAACAUCGACAAGCUGUCCUGAUGCUCUUCAGGGAUUUGGACGUGAACAGACAGUCAGGAUGAAAGGCUUGCAGUGAGGACACACGUGGAUCAGCAGCAGCAGUGUGUUCAUGAGUCAAAGUGUCCUGAUGUGAUUCAUAUGGAUAAUGGACGGCGCAGGGACGCUGACAGGAACCAGACAAUCAGAUCACUUGUACUGAAGCCUUAAACUCCAACCGGACACAGACACAUCAGUGACGGACAAUAUCUUCAAUUUGAGGAUUGUUUUUUUUUUUUUAAAUAAAAAAAGAUGUCAAGCUUCUUUAAUAUGCAGUAAAUUUCUUUCUUUCAGAA